AUGGCCUUCAGAGGGCUGAAAAUAAGUGAGCACACCAUGCAGCUCACUUCAAUUAUAAUGAUGUUGGAAUCAUUGCUGUGGUUAACUGGGCUCAGUACAACAACAUGCAAAGCGGAGCCGGUCAGCUGCAGGCUGUGGGCUGAGCCUCUGAUGCCUAGUCUUUCUAUGAAUGGAGACUUUAUAAUAGAGGGGAUUUUCUCUAUUCAUUUCUACACGACAUCACAACAGAACACCUACACCACACAACCACUACAGCCACAGUGCUCUGGAAGCAUGAGUUUCGGGGAGCUGGGCUUCACGCGUGCCAUGGAGUUCGCAAUCCACGAGAUCAACAACAGAACAGAUCUCCUGCCGGGAAUCACGUUAGGAUACCAGAUACACGACUCAUGCGGUGCAGUGUCGAUGGCAAUCAAAGCUGCACUUCAGUUUGCAAACAGCAUGGAACCAUUUUUCAAUGAUACUGAUUCCUGUUCAAGAUCUGCAGCCGCAGCUGUUCCUGCUCUCGUGGGGGAUUCUAAUUCCACCCCAUCUAUCAGUAUGGCCAGAAUUCUGGGUCUUUUUGCAGUUCCACAGGUGAGUCACUACGCAACCUGCGCAUGUCUGAGCGAUAAGCGUCAGUAUCCUGCCUUCUUCAGGACCAUACCAAGUGACCACCACCAAGCGGCCGCAUUAGCAAAACUGGUCAAGCAUUUUGGCUGGACAUGGAUUGGGGCAGUGCGCAGCGACACAGACUAUGGAAAUUAUGGAAUGGCGUCGUUUCUAAAGGCUGCGCAAGAGGAGGGCAUCUGUGUGGAGUACUCCGAGUCCUACUACAGAACACAACCGCGCAGUAAACUGGAGAGAGUGGCAAACGUCAUCCGCAGAUCAACAGCCCGGGUAAUAGUAGCGUUUCUUGCCGCAGGAGAAAUGAGGCUUCUGUUAGAAGAACUGGCAAGACAGCCGCCGCCUCCCCUUCAGUGGAUCGGCAGUGAAGCGUGGAUUAUGGAAACAGAAUUUCUGCGCUUUAACAUGUGCGCUGGGGCGAUAGGAUUUGGGGUCCCCCGCUCGGUGAUUCCAGGUCUUCGUGAGUUUCUUCUGGAUCUCUCUCCAGAACAAGCACUGAAAUCGCCUCUGCUUACCGAGUUUUGGGAGAGCUCGUUCAGCUGUCACCUAAAAGUCUCCUCAGAGGGCGCGCGGGAAUGUGACGGCAGCGAGGACAUUCACGCGCUGAAGAACCCAUAUACAGACAUAUACACAACGUCUAACCUGGUGUACAAAGCUACGUAUGCCAUAGCGCAUGCCAUCCACGGUGUUAUCUGUAACGACACGCGGUGUGACAAGAGCGCUAAAUUCACACCAUGGCAGAUACGCGACCAGCUCAAGAGAGUGAACUUCACUACGAAGGAUGGUUUUCAGGUCUCGUUUGAUUCCAAUGGUGAUCCUGUGGCCGUCUACGAGCUCAUAAACUGGCAGGUUAAGAAAGAUGGUGGUUUGGAUUUUGUGACUGUGGGCCACUAUGACUCAUCCAGACCAAGAGGCCAGGAGUUCAGUAUGAGCAGAGCUAUCGUCUGGGUGGGAGGACAGACUGAGGUGUCACGGUCUGUGUGCAGUGAGAGCUGUCCUCCAGGAACCAGGAAGGCUGUGCAGAAAGGAAAGCCAGUCUGCUGCUAUGACUGUAUACCAUGUGCAGAAGGAGAGAUCAGCAACAAGACAGACUCUCUCAACUGUGUGCGCUGCCCUCCUGAUUUCUGGCCCAACUCCCAGCGAGACAGCUGCCUUCCCAAGCCUGUGGAGUUCCUGUCCUGGGAUGAAACUCUGAGCAUCAUCCUGACAGUGUUCUCCAUCUCUGGAGCCUUCAUAUCUGUAUGUGUGGCUGUUGCCUUUUACAAAUACAGAGCUUCACCCAUCGUCCGAGCCAACAACUCAGAGCUGAGCUUCCUGCUGCUCUUCUCAUUGACUCUGUGUUUCCUCUGCUCACUUACUUUCAUUGGUCGGCCCUCUGGGUGGUCCUGUAUGCUGCGCCACACAGCGUUUGGGAUCACCUUCGUCCUCUGCAUCUCCUGUGUUCUAAUGAAAACAAUAGUGGUGUUAAUGGCCUUCAGAGCUACACUUCCAGGCAGUAAUGCCAUGAAAUGGUUUGGGCCUCCACAGCAGAGACUCAGUGUUCUCACCUUCACUCUCAUACAGGUCCUUAUUUGUGUUCUUUGGUUGACCAUAUCGCCUCCUCUCCCCUUCAAAAAUCUUAAGCAGUACACAGAAAGGAUAGUACUGGAAUGUGGAUUAGGUUCAGCUAUAGGAUUCUGGGCUGUGCUGGGUUAUAUAGGAUUUCUUGCUCUUUUAUGUUUUAUUUUGGCUUUUCUAGCACGGAAGCUGCCUGAUAAAUUUAAUGAAGCCAAGUUCAUCACAUUCAGCAUGCUCAUAUUCUGUGCAGUGUGGGUUACCUUUAUCCCAGCUUAUGUCAGCUCUCCUGGAAAGUUCACUGUAGCUGUAGAGAUAUUUGCUAUUCUGGCCUCAAGCUUUGGUUUGAUUAUUUGUAUUUUUGCUCCCAAGUGUUUCAUAAUCAUGUUUAGGCCAGAUCAGAAUACCAAGAAACACAUCAUGGGUAAAGUUCCCUCCAAGCCUCUUUGA